AUGUCGUCGAACCUGGAAGAGCUUGACCAAGUUCUUCUAAGAUAUCUCAAAUCUCCAGAAACCCGAGAACCGCAGCAGCACGCUCUCGCUCCACGGACCGCCCUGAAAGCCCGCGAACCUAACGUCCAGCCCGUCGUGCGGGAUCCCGUGGACCUUGCUGUUGGAUUUAUCAACGAGAUUCUCGGCGAGAUGCGUUCUUUUGGUGCACACGGGCUGGACAGCUCUACUCUGCGGACGAUAGCGCUUUGUCUGGAGGCCGUCGAGAGAACCGACCCCGUUUUACAUAUUAGCAAAACCCUGGAGGCCUGCAAGGUGUUUGUUUCAUCGGGAAUGCUUGCCGAGCCGCGGGUCCUGCUGGAACGCUUUCUCUGCCUGAAAACACGGCAAGAAAACCCGUCCUUGGAGGAUCUGCUUCGAAAGUACGAGAUUGGAGAUUUUGGCCCAAAGCUGGACGCUGAGUACAUUAUGGUGGUUCUGGAGCUGAUUUUGGGGCUGGGAGCGCAUAGCACGUCAAGGCAUCUCCCAGACAUAAUCAUUGAGAAAACGUCGUCCUUGAUAGCGUCACUGGACAGACAACAGCGACUCAAACUCCUCAGCCUUCUGUCGCAGUUCUGCACCGCCGAACAGACCACAGAGUCCCUGAAACUGCGCUACUACGCUCUCAUGCACAUAGAAGAUGCCGGUACAGAGUUUUUGCUGGCCACAAUUCUGCAUUUUGAAAGAGUGUGUGAUGCAUCUGUUUAUUCCAGCACCGCCGACGUGUUCUACAAUCUGUGCUCCUCGUGGGCUCGAAGCCAACGAUCCCUGCGUCCGCUGCAAUUCCUCGUCCACAAAUACCAUCAACUAAAACCUACAUCUUGCACCCUGAAGUGGGAAACGGCGAUAUAUCAGCAAGCUUUGCCGCCCGCUCUCGACGACCAUAUUUCGUAUUUAUUGACCACGCUCGACCUUACUGACACCGGCGACCGCCGAAUUUUACUUAAAGCACUGGAACUGGAAAGACCAAUAGCUAACGAAUCGUUGUUUGUCGCCAGCGUUUGCCGAGUAAUCAAGGGACUCGACUUCACUUUGAAAGCAGAUCAGCAGCUCGUUCUUGCACUCCUGGAGUGUUCAAAAAACACGAGUCCAUGUUUAAACGUGUACGAUAUGACGACCAUCUUGAUCAAAGACCUGGAUCCACUAGUGCAUUCUGGAUUCGAAAUCAAGGCGCUUUCUGUGAUGACAGAGGUGCUGAAGCAUCAAAAUCAGCCAAAGAGACUACGCAACUUCUCAAACUUGCUUUUCCACUAUGGCGGCAAACUCUUGACGAAGAAUGAGUCUGAGGCUUUGAGAUGCUGGCACAAGUGUCUGUAUGUCGAGGAUAUUCUUGUCGAGCAGAACGCUGACGAGUUUGGACAGCUGAAAAAUAAAGUCGAACGUAUGCUGAACAUGCUGAUCGAGACCAAGAAAUACGCUCACUCUUACGACAUAAUCAUGCACGUGUUUCAGUCGUUUGAGCAGCUCCACCGGGGUUGGCAGGUCGAAAAGUAUCAGGAUGAAUUGAUACAAACGUUUGGCAUUUUAAUCAAGCUGGUCUCACGGAUGAUCGUUCGAAUGGAUUCCAAGCUGCCUGUAAAAAUUCUCGGCGCGGGUGAUAAGACACGAGCUUUCGUCACAAUCGAGCUCAUCAAGAUUCUAACUUCCAUGAAACCUUCUAGACGGGACCAGAUUUCAGCCCUGAUAGUCCAGGUCAAAAACGAGUUGCAGGACAAUGGACUCUUUCUCUAUUUUCUGUCAUCCAUUUCGAUGAUCAUCGAGUUUGGACUCGCUCUGAAAUCCAUCGAGGCUCUGAACUUUGAAACAAACUCGGUCAUGAGCGGAUAUCGUGACAUAAUUGUAUGCCACAUAUAUUUGUUGCAAUGUUGCUCCCAGAUGGACGAAGAACUGCUCAUGAAGUCGCUGGCUGCCGUUUUGUCGUGGGCAAAGACCAAACGCGCAAAGGUCUCGGUCUACGAGCUGGAAGUGCUGACAAUGGUGAUCCGUGUUCUCAACUAUUCGGAUCUGACAGAUUACGCGAGUUAUUUGUUGGAGGUUGCGAGACAAAAUGCAGAUUUCGGCGCCUCGGACCUGGGAUUAAGAAUGGAGGCUGCCUAUUUGAAAUUGCAGCUAAACCUUCCAGACGAGGCUCUAAAGCUUCUAGACGAGGUGCCAAACACUGCGCUGGAAGCUGCGAGGCACAAAAUGUUGAAGACCGAAUGUUAUCUGUUGCUGAAAGACGAUGCAGCCCAGCAAGAAUGUGCUGAACUGCUCUCCCUCUUCAAAAGCGAGCAGCUCCAGCUGUCCAAGCAAUCCAACAAACUCAACGUCAGCACUUUGUUAAUGUUGGCUGCGAGCGUGUCGAUGCUGAUGGCACUAUUCCAUCGCGAGAAAAACAAACUUGAGAGUGUGCUGAAUCUUAAGCAAAGCAUCAGAGUGCUUCAGUCUGUGAUGAAGAACUUUCUGGUCACCGACGGAAGCUCGAUAGAAAUCGACCUUUGUCACAAGAGUACGCUCAAAAUGCAGUUCGUCUCGUUAAUGCUCCAGGCUUACAGCUCCCUGGCCGCCAUGAUGCUGGAACUGGGGCUGGCCAAGGACUUUGAGUACUACGCAGCAGAGCUUGAGAAAGUUCUUACGCAUCAGUCGUCGUUGGUGCUGAAAUCCAGAUACUUCUUCAGGCUGGCCAAAUACCAUGUCUACAGGAAUGAUCUUGCAGCAGCCAAAGAAGUGUUGGACAAAGCAACUCGGUGUUCGCAAAAAAUGCAAUUUGAGUCGUUCCAGGUGGAGUUUGAGAAGUUGAGUGCGUACGAGCUGUUUUACCAGAUGGCCGAUAGCAAGGACGUCCACGCGAUCCGCGAUAAAGUGGAUAUGUUCUUCCGUCUGCUUGCAGGGCACGAAAUCGACGGAGGCAAGUUCUACCAGCAGGUUGUGUACGAGCUCAGACUGGGCCGCUCAUUGGCCAACGAAAAGAACUUUAUUGCAUUUCUGCGCAUGUUUCUUCCUAUGAACGGCAGAGAGAAGACGAGCAUGCUGAAAACAGCAGUCACCAAUAUGAAGGAAAUGAUUAUCCAGACUGUCAAUCAGGACCUCGAGAACAUUUUUGCAGGCGACUCUGUGGUUGUAAUGAAAGAAGGCGCGAUGGACAAUAUGUACGCUGCCUGUCUCCGGGAAUGUGCCAAGUUUGUGAAUGAGCCCAGACUGGUGAGCGAGGAUAUAUCCAAAGGAGCUAUUUCCGUGCUGCUUGCUAGUGGAGCCUGUUCGCGCACCAAUUUGGAAUCGGUGUUGAUGCAAAACGAACUGAUGCGUUACGAAUCCCUUGAGUACGACAGGAAACUGAACCUGGCUAUCGAAAACACGCGACAAUUGGUCCCGCUCGUAUGCCAGCCCGACUACCGAGUCUCUGUUUCGCAACCGCACGAUCUUGCCUCUGUUCUUCCACUAAACUGGGUCACAGUGUGUCUGGAUCUUGAUAUGAACAGCGGGUGUCUGGUUCUCACGCGGUACGGCCCCAAGCAAGAUCCAGUAUUCCUCAAGCUUCCUCUGGAAAGACAUCUCAUUGGACGUCACGCAUCCUUUGGAUCUGCAGUCCAGGAGCUCGAGGCUAUAAUUCAGGAAAGUGACCGCACCACAAGAAUAGAGGUCACCUCGAUGGUGAAAACCAAAGCCGACCGCGCUAACUGGUGGGCCCAGCGAAAAUCGCUGGACAGAAAGUUGAAACAGCUCCUAUGUGAGAUGGACAGUCACUGGUUUGGCUGCUUCAAGGGAGUCUUUGGCCGUUUCGUUUUCGAAAAAGCUGUGGUGGAAGAGACUCGUGUCUCUCUUGAACGUAUCUUGAGCAAACACGUCGGUCAUUCUAUUUCACUUGGAGCUUUUGACACAGAACUGAUACUCCAGCUUGAUCUGGACUUGGGAACAGUUGCAUCGGACGUGGAAGACUGGUUUCAGCAUAUCCAGAUCUCCGAUGAGGCAGACUACGGUCGGCUGUUUUUGGAGAUCGAGCCAGAGCUCCGUCGGGUGCGUCCGACGUUUACGAUAGAUCACACUGUGCUUGUGGUCUCUCCUGAAUGUGUCAAGCUGCCGUGGGAAUCUAUGCCGUUCCUUCGGACCAGAUCUGUGUCACGAAUGCCUUCUAUAAAGAUGCUUGUGGAUGUUCUUGUUGAGCACGCCGACCACCUGAGCCUUGGCGUUCCUGUUGCGACAGGCUACUACGUGAUCAAUCCGGGCGGAGACCUGAAAAGAACCGAAACCAACUUUUCGAAGAUAUUUGCUGGUCGUCGCGGCUGGGAAGGCAUCAUUGGAAGCCGUCCCAGCGAGGAGCAGAUUUCACAGGGUCUCCAGAAGGAUCUGUAUGUCUACGUGGGCCAUGGCGGGGGAGAGCAAUAUAUUCGCUCGAAAACCGUCAAGAGCAUGGCAAAGCUGCCUCCAGCGCUGCUUCUGGGGUGUUCCUCCGGGAAACUCAAGACUCAGGGCGUGUUCAAGCCGCACGGGACUGUGUACAACUACCUGAUAGGCGGAAGUCCAAUGGUGGUGGCAAACUUCUGGGACGUGACCGACAAGGACAUCGACAAGUUUACUCUACACAUGUUUGAAAAAUGGGGCCUGUCGGGCCGAUCGCGCGGUGACAUUGGUCACAGCAUUGCGCAGAGCCGGGAUGCGUGUGUUCUUCCGUACCUUAACGGGGCUGCCCCUGUAUUGUAUGGGCUUCCGUUCAAAAUACGUAAUGAGUUAUGA